AUGCCUAUUUUCCAACAAUCCGAUAUCUAUGCUGGAAAGUGUCCUCGAGUUGAUUCGAUGGUGGCACUAGGCGCGUCUGUGUCCGCGGAUCCCGACUACAUCAAGACCCUGGCCAAGGGUAAUGGAGUGACUGGAGAUCUGAAAAUGAAUGAUGGUGGGAAAACUUGGACGGUUGAUACCAUCCGUAUUCCGGAGUUUACCUUUUGGCUCUUCCUAGAACAUUGA